AUGAUGAUUUUAGUUUAUGUACAAUGUGUGGAAAUAUUGCUUUGGAAAGAGUUGACAGAAAUUUUGUUCAGGAUGGAUAUUAUCGAUGUGAUUUUGGCAAUAAUUGCUUCUUUAAAACGCCAUCUAAAGCCAAUCUCAGCAGGCAUAUGGGGCUUAGACACAAAAUACGGUUAUGUAGCUGCCGACCCCUGUGAGGAUAAGAAACAUCCACAAAAAAAAGAAUACGGACCAAAAUGGUGUGGUCCAAACUCUGAACCAACUAUAAAAGACUUGUCCAUUAAACUAGAUGUAAUGGCAAAUAUGUUAAGAAAAAUUGAAAAAUCCGUUGUAAACGUGGAAAACAACUUCCAGGAACAAUCACUCAAUCUUUCAAGUUUUGGCCCAACGACUGAUAUUGAAAUUGUGCGUAAAAAGUUGCCACUCAGGACUAUUGACGAUGUACAAUUAUUUAAUAUUGAAUCCAGGGAGGAAGUUUUUAAAACAUCAUAUAUAUAUUAUAUAAAUAGCAUGGGAGGAAGAGAUGUAAAAGAUUGUAUUUAUAGAUGUUUGGCAUCAAUGUUUACAGAUGAAUUGGCGAGAAAUUGUUCAAUUGUUGGACACAGAGGAAAUUACAAACUGGAGGAUUUUUAUUUCAUUAAAACUUUUGAAGGCGUAAUACUUUACGCUUCAACCUUCGAAGAGUACACCAGCCUUAAGGUGUACACCAAAGGUGUGCGUUACGGCUGUUCACGAUGCAAAAAAACUUAUCUGCAGAAGAAAACGCUCGGUCGUCAUCUAAGAUUUGACUGCGGUCAAAAACCUUCAUUUACCUGUCAAAUCUGCUCCAAGAAGUUUAAACAUGGAUACAUACUUCUAAAACAUAUGCGCCACACUCACAACGUCUAUAUUCAGAAAUUAAGACAGAGACAUGUACAUGACUCGCCUCCUGAGAUUACUGAAAUAAAGGUGGACAAGUCCCGAUGCAGAAUAGUCGAAGUUGAACUCUUCGAAAUGCCAGCUUCUUGCGCACGUCGACGAAUCGGAUUCUCAAGCAAGCUCACGAACAACGGCAAUAUUUUCAAUUGUUCUGAUCGAUUUCCUUGUCCACGUUGCAACAGAGUGUACAAACACAAGGCGUCGCUUUACAAUCAUUCAAGAUUUGAAUGCGGAAAAGAAGCAAGAUUCGUUUGCCCCCUUGUGGGAUGCCAGUACAGAACAAAAAGAAAAGUGGGUUUUUCGUGUCAGCAAUGCGGAAAAAAAUACGGGAGGAAGCAACAUUUGGUUCGACAUGUUCAAUAUGAAUGUGGAAAAGAUCCAGUUUUUCAGUGUCCAUUGUGCCCUAGAAAAUGCAAAAGAAAAGAUGUAUUGCAAAUGCAUUUACGUGACAUUAAAGUUCUGCCAAAAUUUGAGUCGAUGCCGGAUUACUUAGCCCUACCACUUUGUUUGAUCAGGAAGCAAUCAAAAAACAAAUUAAAAGCAGAAAGUCACGAAAAUUGCGACAAAAAAAUCGUUUGUGCCGAUUGCGGAAGGAUUUACAAGCGCAAGAGUUCAUUAAGAAAUCAUCAAAAAUGGGAGUGUGGAAAAGAGCCGCGGUUUCAAUGCACAUUUUGUUUACAGUUUCAUUGUGAUGUUUGUACAAAGUCGUAUAAAAACGCAUCGUCUUUAUGGAGGCAUAAAAAAUACGAAUGCGGGGAAGAAAAGAAAUUUGUUUGCGCUUACUGUGAUCGUUCCAAACAAGAUAGCAAAUGUUAUAAAGAAUAUUUGAUUGUGGAAGGUAUAUUAGUUGCUGAGUUACCAAAACCAGUUAUUGAAAAAGCUCUACUGGACAAUACUAUUGAGCAUCAACUGAACUUAAUUAAAAACUUUUUCUCCGAAAUUAAAACAAGUCUUUUUGAUAUAAAUGGAAAAAUUGAUAUGCUUGUUCCUGCUGCUAAAACUUCCUCCUCUGGUUUUCCGUUUAAACUGCCUUUUAAACUUCCUUUACAAACAAUUGAAGAAUUGGAAGCAUUUGAAAAAGAAAUUUUGCAAAAUGAAACCUCAAGGCAAUGUUAUGAUUCGAGUGUGAUGUUUGCUUUCGAAGAAUACAUUGAAUUCGAUAAUAUUAUUGUACCACCUAUAUUAGAAAAGUAUUUAAGCGACGACAAACCGAAACCGAAAACAUUAAAUGGAUACAGCGAGGCAUAUCUUAAAGCAAGCUACAGUGAGGACUCACAAUUUGCUUGCAAACAUUGUGGCAAAAGAUAUAAAUGGAAGUCGACCCUAAGAAGGCACGAACAAGUUGAAUGUGGUGGAAAACAACCCAUGUUUCAGUGUCCCAGUUGCCCGUACAAAGCUAAACAGAAAGGAAAUUUGGGAGUGCACAUUCGAAAACAUCAUUAUCCUUCGGAUAAUUUAAACAAUAAUAUUACUGAUUUUCAGCAUAAAACUAACAGUACUAGUUUUGUUAAUCAGUAUGGAGGAGUGUUUGUAAAUGGUAGGGCUCUUCCUAACUCUAUUCGGCAAAAAGUGGUAGAAUUGGCACUAAGUGGUGUCCGAAUCGUUGAUAUAUCAAAACAACUUAAGGUAUCCCAUGGAUUUGUAUCAAAAGUAGUGUCUAGAUAUAAGGAAACAGGCAAUUAUAGUGCGCGUUCCACAGGUGGGUCAAAGCCAAAAGUGGCCACUCCCACAGUGGUAGAUGCUAUAGCCAGAUAUAAACGCGAAAAUCCAAAUGUUGUCGCUUGGGAAAUUCGUGACAAGCUUUUAGCUGAAGGAAUUUGCUUCGAAGAAAACGUACCCAGCAUCUCAUCCAUAAAUAAAAGAGUGCGAAAUAUCAAUCAGAAAAUUAAGGAAGAAGAAAAUCAGGAUUAUAAAUUUAUGUAA